AUACUGAUUUUCCUAUUAUACUCUCGCGCUCAUAUUUCAUGUGCAAACCCUGUUAUUUUUGUUGCACAUUCAAGAAUUCAAUUUGUCAAUUUUGUUCUCGAUCAAAAUGGCCUUUUUUCAGUAACUGAAAGAGAACAAACAUCAUGCGGGCAUGUUAUCCUCCAACUAAAGCGCUGCAAAAUCAAUUCUUCCAAAGGUCUCAUCAGGUCAAUGACAAUCCCUUUACCAGAGCUGCCACUCUCAUCCAAGCUCAACAGUCCCAUGCCCGCAUCCUCAAGACCGGCCUUUCCGGCGACACCCAUCUCGUCAACAAGCUCCUCUCCCUCUACGCCCACCACCAUAGCUUUUCAGACGCCAAUCUCCUCCUUGACUCCCUCCCGGAACCGGACAUCUUCUCUUUCGCUCCCCUCAUCUAUGCUUCCUCCAAGAUCAGUCUCUUUGAUCAAACUCUCAACGCGUUUUCAAGAUUGUUGGCUCAACGGGUCGCUCCUGAUACUUAUGUUCUCCCCAGCGCGAUCAGGGCUUGUGCCGGACUAUCCGCGCUGAACGUCGGGAGACAAGUCCAUGGAUAUGUUUUCACGUCUGGGUUCGGUUUGGAUUCUUUUGUCCAGUCGGCCCUUGUUCAUAUGUAUGUGAAGUGCAAUCACUUGAAAGAUGCGCGUAAGGUGUUUGACACAAUGCCUGACCCGGAUGUGGUUAGUUGGAGCGCCUUGGCAGCAGGUUAUGCGAAAGAAGGGGACGUGAUAAAUGCUAAGGAAGUGUUUGGCCGGACGGAAUACUUUGGGAUUCAGCCGAAUUCGGUAUCCUGGAACGGUUUGAUUGCAGGAUUUAAUCAGAGCGGGUGUUUCUUGGAAGCAGUUUCAGUCUUUCACGAGAUGCAUCUGAGAGGUUUUAUUCCUGAUGGAACAAGCAUUUCUAGUGUUCUUCCUGCCAUUGGCGACUUGGGUGAUUUAAAGAUUGGCAUUCAGAUACACGCGUUUGUGAUCAAGCUGGGUCUGAAACAAGAUAUUUGUAUAGUAAGCUCUCUCAUAGACAUGUACGGGAAAUGUAAUUGUGCACCGGAGAUUAUGCGUGUGUCUGAAGAAACUGAUAAAAAGGAUUUGGGUGCUUGCAAUGCUAUGGUUUCCGGGCUUUCCCGGACCGGCCAUGUUGAUGAUGCCAUCAAGGUUUUCAAACAGUGUAGGGAUGAAGAAAUGGAACUGAACGUUGUCUCAUGGACUUCCAUCAUUGCUUCUUGCUCACAACAUGGCAAAGACAUGGAAGCUCUUGAACUCUUCAGAGAAAUGCAAAUGGCCGGGGUCGAACCGAACCGGGUGACUAUCCCUUGUUUGCUUCCUGCUUGUGGCAAUAUAGCGGCAUUAAUGCACGGGAAAGCUGCACACAGCUUCUCCCUCCGGAGGGGUUUUGUUGAUGACGUAUUUGUUGCGAGUGCGUUAGUUGAUAUGUAUGCCAAUUGUGGAAGGGUAGAUUUGUCCCGUCUCACCUUUGACAAGAUGCCGACCCGGAACCUAGUUUCUUGGAAUGCUCUACUAGGCGGGUACGCGAUGCACGGAAAAGCCAAUGAAGCGCUUGGUGUUUUACACUCGAUGUUACAAAAUGGGGGAGUGAAACCCGAUGCAAUCACUUUUACCAGUGUUUUGUCUGCGUGUAGCCAAACAGGGCUUAGUGAGGAAGGCGAGUAUUACUUUGAUGUCAUGACCAAGGAUCAUGGGAUCGAACCACGACCUGAGCAUUACGCUUGUAUGGUGAGCCUUCUUGGCCGUGCAGGAAGGCUUGAAGAAGCUCACUCUCUUAUUACAAAAAUGCCUUUCAAACCAGAUGCUUGUGUUUGGGGCGCAUUGUUGAGUUCUUGUAAAACCCAUCAUAACAUGCAUUUGGGUGAGGUUGCGGCUAAUGAACUUUUCAAACUAGAACCAACAAAUCCAGGAAACUAUAUCCUCAUGUCCAAUAUUUACGCUUAUAAUAAAAAGUUUAACGAAGUGGACAAAAUGAGGAAAAGGAUGGAAGAUUUAGGUUUGAGAAAGAAUCCAGGUUGCAGUUGGAUUGAAGUAAAGAACAUAGUCCACAUGCUUUUAGCAGGUGACAAAUCACAUCCCCAGAUGAGAAUGAUCAUGGAGAAGUUAGCCGAGUUGAGUUUGGAAAUGAAGAAAUCAGGGGUUUUGCCCAACACAGAUUUUGUGUUACAGGAUGUGGAAGAACAAGAGAAAGAACAGAUUUUAUGUGGACAUAGCGAGAAGUUGGCGGUUGUUCUCGGAAUUUUGAACACUGGCAAAGGGUAUCCCCUUAGGGUUAUAAAGAAUCUUAGAAUUUGUGGUGACUGUCAUUCGUUUAUGAAAUUCAUAUCAAUGUUUGAAGGGAGGGAAAUUUUUGUUAGAGACACAAACCGUUUCCAUCACUUUAAGGAUGGUGUGUGUUCUUGUAUAGAUUAUUGGUAAUACAAUAUGAUGAGGUUUCUUCCCCAAACAGCACUUUGAUUGUCGAUUUAGUUUUUGUGAAUUUUUGUCAAACUGUAAAUUAGGCACAGCUAUUAGGGUCUGUUUGGUAUGUUUUAAACUGGAGGAAAUAGUUGAAUAUUCUAAAAUUUGAUUACAC